AUGCCGCCAAUCGUACCGGGUGGGAAGCUCGAUCCAUCCAUGACGCCGCUCACGCUGGGCGUUACGCGAGAUCUCGAACCUCACUAUCGAAAGCUUCGCGAUGAGGAAGAAAAGCUGCGAGACGAGCUGCGGGCCAAGCAGGAGAAGCUGCGCAAGAGUCUCUACGUCUGGGACAAGCUGGAGCGAGACUCUCGGGCUUGGGAGCUGCGCAGCGACUUGAGUGAGAAGAGCAUGAAGAAUCUGGCGGGCGAGGGCAUGGGUGGUGCUGCAUUUUAG